AUGAAGCUGUUUCUGCCUGCCUUGUUUCUGCUGGGGACUUUGUGUGUAAAUUUUGCUCACUCCCUAGAAUGCCACGUGUGCUGCGGGCCUGAGAGCUGCCGGGCUCCCGUCGAAUGCUCCCCAACAGACAAGUACUGUCUUAUUACCCGGGCAAUCAACUCAAUCAACCCAAGUCAUAUCCUGGUGAUGAAGUCCUGUUCUCCAACAUGCCCGAACAGCACUAUCUCAAAUGAGGGACACGCCAUUUCUGUUGUCUGCUGCCAAGGAAAUAGAUGCAAUGGAAAGGGGGAGGCAGGUGCUUCCACCAGCCUAGUUGUCAGUCAAGGGGUUCUGUGGGUGGCUGUCUCCACAAGCCUCCUAUGGAUGCUCCUCCGAGCUUCCUGGUGA